AUGUUUUGGCCGUCUUGGUCCUGUCUUGGCCGUCUUGGUCGUGGUCUUGGUCACCCCGUCGCCACCACCUGCGGCCCCGUCGCCGCCACCUGCGGCCCCGUCGCCGUCACCUGCGGCCCCGUCGCCGCCACCUGCGGCCCCGUCGCCGCCACCUGCGGCCCCGUCGCCGCCACCUGCGGCCCCAUCGCCGCCACUUGCGGCCACGCAGCCGCCACAUGCGGCCCCGCCGCCACCUGCGGCCCCGUCGCCGCCACCUGCGGCCCCGUCGCCGUCACCUGCGGCCCCAUCGCCCUUCCCUAG